GGAAAUUGCCCUGAAAUCUCUUGUCCCCUGACCACCAACUGACCCCUGGCAUUUCUCCGGAGCGCAGUCCUCCGUCGUCGACACACCCCUGUGUCGACGACAAAAUCAUCAUGUGUUGCUCAAGGACGUCCAGACGCUCUCGGUUAUCUAUGGGUGAGAGUCGAACGCAUAGCGAAUAUAAAGAGCGAGCGGGGACAUGGUCGCUUUCUCUGUGAAGUCAAGCGCGAAGUUCGACGAUGGCGAGCUUCCUCAGGAUUCAAGGUGCCAAGAUUGUCGACGGAGAUGGCCAAGAGGUCAUCUUCCGUGGGGCAGGCUUAGGAGGCUGGAUGACAAUGGAGAACUUCAUCUCAGGUUUCCCCGGUUGUGAGUUUCAAAUCCGCGCAGCUCUGGCAGAGGUCAUCGGAGAGAAGAAGGCAGAGUACUUCUUUGACAAGUUCCUCGAAUACUUCUUUGCCGAGCCCGAUGCUGCUUUCUUCAAGUCCCUCGGACUCAACUGCAUCCGCAUCGCCAUCAGCUACCGCCACUUCGAGGACGACAUGCACCCGCGCGUCCUGAAACGCGAGGGAUUCAAGCAUCUCGACCGCGUCAUCGCCACAUGCGCCAAGCAUGGCAUCUACACCAUCCUCGACAUGCACACAGCCCCGGGAGGCCAGAAUGGUGGCUGGCACUCCGACCAUGGCGCGCAUAUAUCCGGGUUUUGGAUACACAAGGACUUCCAGGAUCGAAUGGUCUGGCUGUGGACCGAGGUGGCGAAGCACUACAAGGACGAAACAUGGAUCGCAGGAUACAACGUCCUGAACGAGCCCGCGGAUCCAGCGCACAGCGGGCUCAUCGCCUUCUACGAUCGCGUGCACGCAGCAAUCCGCUCCGUCGACCCCAACCAUGCUCUCUUCCUCGACGGGAACACAUUCGCGUCCGACUUUAGUGGCUUCCCGGACGACGCGGGCACGCGCUGGCCCAACGCUGCGUACGCUAUCCACGACUACUCGCUGUACGGCUUCCCGAGCUCGCCAGAGCCGUACUCGCGCACGGAGGAGCAGCGCAGGCGAAUGAAACGCAGCUACGAGAAGAAGCGCGAGUGGAUGGAUGCGCGGGGGCUGUGUGUAUGGAAUGGCGAGUGGGGGCCUGUGUAUGCGCGGAAGGACUACGAGGGUGCGGAGAUGGACUCCAUUAACGAGCGGCGUUUCGCCGUUCUCAAUGAUCAGCUCGAGAUGUAUCAGCGGGACCGUCUCAGUUGGUCUAUAUGGCUCUACAAAGACAUCGGCUACCAAGGCAUGGUACACGUCGCGCACUCAACGCCGUACAUGCUACUCCUCCGCGAACAUCUCUACAAGAAGUACCGGCUCGCCGUGGACGCCUGGGGCGCAGACGAUCGCUACAUAGGCGACGUGUACAACCCGCUCGUCGCGCUCAUUCGCAAGGAGGUGCCCGACGAGGCCCACCAGCGGCUCUACCCCUACCCAAUCUGGACAGUCCCGCGCCGCAUGGAGGUCCUCGCGCGAAACAUCCUCGUGGGCGAGUUCAUGGUGAAAGAGUGGGCGGAGCAUUUCCGCGGGAUGCGCGACGAGGAACUGGACAAGAUUGCGCAGAGUUUCAAGUUUGAGAACUGUGUGGAGAGGGAGGGCCUGAACCGAGUGCUGAGGGCACAUGCCAGCCAAGCAGCGUCGGGGUGAAGCACGCAGCUGGCUACCAAAGUUGAUGCGAACCUCCUGAAGAACAUACCAUGAUUGCAGUGUGUACACCUUCAGUGUCCGUGAGUGCGUUCGGUGACACAAUCUGCUAUUGUCCGGGUGUCGCUGUUAACGCGGCGAGGAACGAUCAGCUACAAGCAACCUUCACAAAC